AUGCGAAGAACAGUAGAUCAGUGUCUUGCCGAUAUCAUUCCAACACCAUCAGGACUCCCCUUGACCGAUCUCGAGUACGUUGUUGUUAUAUUCGCGGAAAGCAGUACGAAACUUCAACAUGUUGUCAACCUUGUAUCGAAGCUGGCUGCAGCCUAUGGACUACGCCUACGCCCUGAUAAAUGCAAGCAGAUGUGGAUCUCUUCGAGACCACGAACGGGAAUCAGGGUGGACGGACAACCGAUAGAACUCGUCGAUGAGUUCUUUUACCUGGGCUGUACGUUGAAGAACAACGGCAGCUACGAGAAAGAUACUCAGCAAAGAUGCGCUAAGACCGUUUCCGCAUUCAAUUCCUUAACGAAAUGCCUGUGGUCGACCCCCAUCACCAACGAAGUUAAGUUGCGAGUCUACCUAUCCGUAAUUCGCCCCAUCCUGAUGUAUGUACGGAUCGGAGGCUUGGGCAGCACCAUCUACAGUGAUGGAGAGAAUUGA